AUGAUUCAAGAGAUGAAUAACAAAGUAGCUCCAAUUGAUUCCGUUCAUCAUCAAGCAUGGAAACCUGAACAACGAGCACCUCGACGUCGUUCUAUUAUUCGCGAAUUCGCUUUGAAUACCUCAACACAUGGUCUACCUGGUAUUGCUCGCAGCGAGAGUAAACAUAAUUGUCUCUUUUGGGCAGUUUCAUUUUUUAUCUUUCUUGGUAUUAUGACGUUUUUUAUUACACAAUCGAUCCGAGAUUAUUUUUCGUAUCCAACGCAGACAACUUUAUCCUAUGUUGUUGAACGAUCGCAAGCAUUUCCUGCAGUUACAUUUUGUAAUUAUAUGCCAGCUCGGUAUGAUUAUUUAAUCAUGGAUGCCAUUAAUUAUACCAAUUCUCUCGGCAUAACCAACACCAGCGAUACAACUACUUUCACUAUAAGUCAAGCAAUUGCUAUACGAGAAUUUCUACGAUACAAACUGGAUGCUAAUCAGUCAAUAACUGAAUAUUUCUUCAGCAUCGAUUCAAUGUUGAUAAGCUGCACUUAUAACAAUCAGCAAUGUACAUCAAGCGAUUUUAUUACAUUUUUAUCUUCUCAUUAUGGGUCUUGUUACACGUUCAAUGCAAAAUUGAAAAAUACUUCUCGUACUGGUAUUCGCUACACAAGCGAUAAUGGCGGUGUAGGCCAACUUAAAUUACGUCUGUAUGCUCAUAGUCAUCUCUAUGUUCCAUACAUAAUUGAAGAAGUGUCUGCUGGAAUGGUGAUAAUGAUACAUGAUAACACACAGUUUCCUCAGAUUGAUGUUAGUGGCAUGAACCUGGCGCCUGGAUUUAAACAUCAGCUGAAUUACAGAAAAAAAGCCAAUUAUUUCCUAUCGGCGCCGUAUACAGACUGUACGGAUAAGAUCCCUCUAGCUAUGAAAGCUAUGUUUGAUCGAUAUGAAGGUGCCUACUAUGCUUAUUCUCAAACUGCGUGCUUUACACUAUGUGUUCAAGCUUAUAUUUAUCAGGAAUGCGGAUGUGUUAGUCCUGUUGAAUGGUCUGCCCGUUCUGUAGUUGUACCUGACACAAAUAGGAUUGUUCUAGCCUCACUGUGUGCAACGGAAAAUCCUUGUUACACAGAAGCUUCUAUUCGACUUUCCAAUUCUACUGAUCUUUGGAAUCAAUUCUGUUCGGAUUGUACUCAGGAAUGUACGAAGAUUGAAUACCUUGUUACACCAUCGCUAUCAAAAGCACCUUCGACAUAUUUCGCCUAUAUUACUAAGGCAUUUGUUGAAGCUAGCUCGGUACCAUUACCAACCAAUUGGUCGAAGAAUUGGAUGACUGAAGUUGAAGAGAAUUUUAUUUCAGUUGAGAUCAUGUGUGGAUCAAUUCAAGUUGAAAAUUAUACUCAAGAAGCAUCUCUCAAUGCAGCGGAUGUUCUCUCAAAUGUUGGCGGCCUUUCAGGAUUAUGGAUCGGUGUUAGUUUUCUAUCUAUAAUGGAGUUCGUUGAAAUGCUCUAUCGUCUUCUUAGACGUCAAUAUCAGAUCUUUCGUUACGGAGCAUGA